ACUUGGCAGCUUUCUAGAUAAGCUGGAGCAUCAUUGAUAAGUUGGCUGUCUUUGGCUGUCCAUUUAUCAUCAGCUUAUCAUCUCACCUGUCAGGAUGGGUGGCUGCUGGUCAUGGGUGAACUGUAGGUCUCACCCAGAGGCAGAACCCAAGAAUGAAGAUGAAGAUGAAGAGGGGGCACAGACUGGUCAUCCCAGAAAUCCGGCCCAUGUUGCCCCAAAUCCUGGGGGACCCACGUUGCAUCAUAUUCUGGGGGACCCUCGGAGGGAAGAGCCCAAUGAGGCAACCUUGGUGCCAGAACCCCUUCCAGGACUUCAUUUCCCCACUGACAUUCUGGGGAAAGAGCUCAAUAAGGAAGCCUCAAACCUAGGAUCCCUUCCAGAACCUCACGUCCCCACAGAUAUUCUGGAGGAAGAGCUCAAUGAUGAAACAUCGGUGCCAGGAUCCCUUCCAGGACCUUGCAUCACCAAUGAUGUUCUUGGGGAAGAGACCAAUGAGGCAACCUUGGUGCCAGGAUCCCUUCCAAUACUUUGUGUCCCCGCUGACAUUCUGUGGAAAGAGGUCAAUGAGGAAACCUCAGUGCCAGGAUCCCUUUCAGGACCUCUCAUUUCCACUAAUAUUCUCGAGGAAACGCUCAAAGAGGAAACCUCGAUGCCAGGAUCCCUUCCAGGACCUCACAUCACCAAUGACAUUCGGGGGGAAGAGGUCAAUGAGGAAACCUCAGUGCCAGGUCCUUCCAUCCCCACUGGCACUCCAAAGGAAGAAGCUUUUGUGUCUGAGCCCUUACCAGAGCCUUCCAUUGCUGACAAUGAUCUUGAGAAAGAAAUAGAAAUCCUCAAAGGAUUACAGAAUGACUAUGUCCAGCGGAAAAUGAGGGUUCGCCGCAUUUCCCAAGAGUUCCCUCGUUCUCUCCGGGCCAUUAAUCUGCAAAUCGGACACGCACGAACAAGGCUCAUCCGCAGUGAAGUUCGGCUGCAGCGGUGGGGAAAGGAAGGUGACCAAGCUCUGAUGCCUGUAAUUCAGACAGCUUCUCGUGAUGUUCCUGAAGGCCCUGCUGCGUGUCUCCGCCCCCCUGGGUCCAGUUCAUCAUUAUCUUCGGCCUCGCUGGAAGUUGGCUCCAUCCCACCCUCCGCCUCCACCUCUUCUUUCCUCCUGCAUCCCUCUCCCCCUCCCCCUCCCCCUCCUUCCCCACUUCCACUAGAGCCAGACCUCAGCAAUGUGAGAGAAACUCUCCAGAGUUUGAUGGAUUUGCAGUUCCAUCAGUUGAAUGACCGCCAAAGAGACCUCCGCAGCUGCCAGGAAUGUGUGCAAAACCUCAAGGCACUGAGGGGACAGCUCCGGAGACUGCGGAGCAGACUGGCAAGGGUGGAAGCCACCAUGGGGAUCCUGGUUCCUCCAAGGGAGCUGGAUGUUGAGGAGGAAAAAGAGGAAGACCCAAACCAGCAAUAAAAUGCUGCAUAUUUAUUUUAAAAAUAGUAAACAUUUGUUUUAAUAGGAUGGGAUGUAGAUAUAAAAGCAAUAGAACAUGCAUAUUUACUGCUUAAAAUUUAAAAGUUGAUUUUAAAGAAAA